GUUGUGCAAGAAGUUUAUUAUUUUCAGUCUGUGGGAAAUGAGAGGAAAGAAACUGAACUAGAAACGAGCCUAUAUUUCAUGUGAGGGUAACCCAGGCAUGAAACCAAGGGCAGUUGGAGUUGGGACAAGAGUCUUAAGAGAAGGAAUUCUUAAGAGGCAGUGGGGGGAAAGCCAAUCCAUUCAACUUCUCAGACCCCCAUUUUAAACCACGUUUAAAAGCAGGAUGUGAAUGUGUUUUUUUACCAUACUUGACCCAGCCAUUAGCCAUGUUACUGCCCCUUGUUGAAUUUAUGCCAAUUGUUGUGGCUUUAGUUUUUAUGUAUAAUUAUGAGAGCGUAGAUCCGCAGAAGAAGCCGCGCACUUUGCGAGCAGAUGACCUGUUUGAAUACUAUGACUUCAUCAUCGUAGGAGCUGGAUCUGCUGGGUGUGUGGUUGCACACAGGCUGAGUGAAGAACCACAAUGGAACAUACUUCUGAUUGAAGCUGGAGGUGACGAAACAGCCAUAACAGACACUCCAUUUCUUAAGCUCUUUCUUCAAACGGGCGAAACUGAUUGGAAUUACAACACAACAAUUCAGACCAGAGCUUGCCAAUCGGUCCAAGGCCAAUGCCGGUAUCCGAGGGGUAAAGUAUUAGGUGGUUCAAGCACCACAAAUGGUAUGGCGUAUGUCAGAGGAAAUCCGUAUGACUUUGACAACUGGGCUAAGAUGGGUAAUAAAGGCUGGUCUUACAAGGAUGUCCUGCCUUACUACAAAAAGCUCGAGAAUUACACAGUAUCAGACUUGUUUCACUUGGAGCACAAUAUACAUGGAUUAAUCGGUCCACAGAGUGUCCAACUGGCGGAAUUCUCGCCGGAAAUUACUGAAUACUAUUUACAGGCUACAAAAGAACUUGGUUAUGAAGUGGUGGAUUACAAUGGACACAGCCAAAUUGGAGUCGGGCUCACGCAGUCAACAACGUUCCAAGGCUCAAGAGCAAGUUCGGCUAAAUCAUAUUUGAAUCCAAUCAGACACAGACGUAAUUUACACGUAGUGAAAAAUUCUGAAGUUGUCCAGCUGCUUUUUGAUGGUCAUCAUGUGGGAAAACCAACAAAAAGGGUUUCAGGAGUUGUUUUUAUGCAAAACGGUAAAAAAAGGGUUGCAAGGGCUACAAAAGAAGUGAUUGUGUCUGCUGGAUCAGUUAAUACACCCAAGCUCCUUAUGCUUUCUGGGAUCGGGCCUAAACAACAUCUUCAAUCACUAGGGAUCCCAGUCAUGGCCGACCUGCCAGUAGGGAACAAUUUUCAUGACCAUGUCUGCGUCCCUAUUUACAUACAAGUCAAAAAGCCGAUAGUUAUAAGAGAUGAAGAAGUGUUUUCAAAAGAGGCCAUAAUCAAUUACACCAGGCAUAGGUCUGGUCCUUUAUCUACCUCCACAUUUGAAGCUUUAGGCUUUUUCAAUGUAUUUGAUUACACAUCUCAUGUUCCAAAUGUAGAAUGGCAUCUUAAUUCAUUUAGAAUGGUCAAUGCAGAGGAGCCAAUGAACAUAAAACCGAAUGUCGCAAGCACUAUUGUAAUUAACCUGACACCUGCAAGUGUAGGUACAGUAAGACUCAGGUCUGCAAACCCAAAAGACGAUCCUCUAAUUGAUCCAAACUAUUUUAGUGAAGAAAUUGACAUUGAAAUACUUAGAAAAGGUAUUUUGCUGAAUCUUGAAUUUUUCAGUACUCCUACUUUUUCGUCGUUAUAUCCAGAAUUCUACACGCCAGCGUACAGGAACUGCUUGCAUUACAUCAGUAUGAAAGAAGCUUUCAUCGACUGUCUGAUAACACAGUACUCAGCGACCAUCUUUCAUCCAGUUGGAUCAGCAAAAAUGGGCCCAAAGGGGGACCCUACUGCAGUAGUAAGUCCUGAAUUGAUUGUGCACGGUUUUGAAAACCUCAGAGUCGUCGAUGCUUCUAUUAUGCCGAAAAUAACAAGAGGGAAUACAAACGGUCCCACAUUGAUGAUAGGCGAAAAAGGAGCUGAUCUCAUCAAGGAGAAACACUUAAAAGAACAUUUCGAAUAUGAUUAUUUCGGGCAGCCCAAUUUCUUCUCCACUUAUGUUUAAACGGUAUAAGGCGUUCGCUGUGUCAUUACAUUCAGUUUUCAGAUAUUUGGCCAUAUAAUUUUAGUUGAAUGAAGUGGCUUCUCAUUAAUGCACUUUUAUCUAGUCACUUAUAUUAAAAAUGUUGGAACAAACGUGUUAUCUGAUACAAACUUGAACGUUACCUCUCCCCCUCCAAAUUUAAAUUUUAGUAACAAGCAUAAACAUUUUAGCCCAGUCACAAUGAACAACAUGGAAAUAUGCUUAAAUGAAAAAAAUCCAUAGGUUUUUCUCAUAUUUCUUAAAAGAUUUAAAGCAAAAUAACUUCUUGAAACCUUGAGUUUAAAUG